CUACUGUGUUCGAAAUUUAUGAAAAUGAAGCGUUCUGCUGCUAAUGAAGUUUCUGUCUCUUCGCGUCCAGAAGAGAACUAAGAAAAGUCAGAAAGAAGUUAGCUAGCAGAAAUGGCUUGUAGACGUAGUGUCUCCACCACAGUGACCUUUGGUACCAGACGUUUCCACCCUUCAUUUAGUCACAUUCUUCAUGAUAACAAUGAGGAUACUAAAUCACAUGCACCGAAUUCAAGUUUGCCUCCACCUGUGAUCAAGAGUACUUUGCCACGUGGCUCUUACAACUCGACACUUGGAUUUUGUUUUGGUUCUCUAUGUAGAGAGAGGACAGGCUCAUCAUUGUCUUGGAAAAUGGGGCUUGGCUCCUUUCAUUGUAGGUAUAUGUCAGCCAUAAUCGAUGAUGGGUCUGAUAAGAUUAAUGACGUUGGCUAUUUUGCUGAGGUUAUUACGGAUAAGACGGUGGAAGUGGUAACGUCCCAAGCCCCCGCUGUGAGUGAAGUGGCUGCUGCUGCAGCAGAUUCUUUCUUCCCAGUUGCUGCCCUGCAGUAUUUGAUCGAUGGCGUGCAUUCUUUUACUGGAUGUAAUUGGUGGGCCUCAAUAGCUUUAACAACUAUUCUGAUUCGAGGGGCUACAAUUCCACUUCUCAUUAAUCAACUCAGGGCUACUACACAACUUAAUUUAAUGAGGCCCCAUUUAGAGGAGUUAAAACAACAGAUGCAAGAUAUGGCAAUGGAUCCGAAUGUUUUGCAAGAAGGUCAGAAACGAAUGAAGGCAUUGUUCAAGGAAUAUGGAGUCAAUCCACUUUCUCAAUUGCAACCGCUAUUCAUUCAAGGUCCCAUCUUCAUCAGUUUUUUCUUAGCUGUUAGAAACAUGGCUGAGAAGGUUCCUUCUUUUCAAAGUGGUGGAGCUCUUUGGUUUACUGAUCUCACUACUCCAGAUAGCUUGCUCAUCCUUCCAGUUCUGACAUCGUUGACAUUCUUGAUUACAGUAGAGUGCAACAUGCAGGAGGGUCUUGAAGGGAAUCCCAUUGCCCAAACUAUGAAAAACUAUUCUAGAAUCCUUGCGGCCAUUUCAGUUCCUGUAAUGAUGAGUUUCCCCAAGGCACUGUUCUGUUAUUGGCUCACCUCCAACCUGUUCUCCCUUACAUAUGGAUUAGUAAUUAGGCUCCCAGAGGUGAAGAGUUUCCUUGGUCUUCCUGAAAUUCCUGUGCCACCUCCUGCUCCAUCACAACCUCAAUCUUUUUUGUCUUCAGCAAUUGAACAGGACACUACCGUUGAAUCAGGAUCUCCGUUACCCACUAAGCCAUCAAAGGUUACUGACAGAAGAAUAUCACGGACUUCAAUUCUCAAGCAGAGACUUAAAAGUCUGGAAAAUCAAAUCAAGGAAAGAAAUAAACAAAAGAAGAUGUGAAAGUACUGCUCCAACUAAGUUUAUGGUGCACCGGAUGAUGGAAAGUUUUUUGCUAGACGGCUAUGAAUCAGUUAACAGUGGAAUCCCUUUUGGGAGAAGACACUCUGAGGUAGAAGUAAAUUAUGAUCUGUUUUAAGCUUGAUUUUAUGCAUCCUUUCCCUCGAUGCUGUAGAGUACAACGAUUCAACUAUCUCACACAGAGUGAAUCACACAUGAGUUUUACAAGAUUACAAGUCUUAUGGGCAAUUUUUGGAAAUAAAAGUUGGAGAGCUCUAUAAGGCGCGUA